CCUGCUAUGUUGUGAUCAUGGCGUCAGGGUACUGGCAUGAUUCAGUUCAAUUUUGACGUAUAUUCAAAUAUAAAUCAUAUUUUAUUGACACGUCCCCGCAAGUGACGAUGCCGCCCAAAAAGACUUUCCAAACUAAACCUUCUGCAACGACUACAGCGAAAACAAAAGGAGACAAGGGAAUUACAACUAAGAAAGUUGCAGCAGGACCAGGGAAAAAGCCAGUCACCUCAACAGGGAAAGGGAAAACUGGAAGGAAAACAGAGCAAGCCAAGCCAAAGGAGAAAGUAUGGACCAGGGAGGAUGACGCUGCAAGAACAAUUCAAACAUCAUACAGAAGAUUUCAGGCUAAACUGUUUCUAGAAAAAAAGAAAAAGGAAAAGAAAGAAUAUGAUGAACUGAUAGAUAAACUGGAGAAAGAGGCAUUUGUAAAGCUCGUAAAGAAACAACAGGAGGAUGCAGAAAAAGAGAGGAAGAUAGAAGAAGAAGAAAGGAGGAAAAAGGCUGAACAAAGAAAAAGAAUCAAACGAGUCCUUGAGGCAGCAUUUGAUGGAGAUAAUGAUGAACUACUGGCAGUAUUCAGAGAGGUAUCUGAACUUGAUGAUAAGGCUGGUGUUGGUCAUGAUGACAUUGGCCGUGCCAUCAGAAAGAAACAUCUACUUUCCUUGGUGGAGUGUGUAGAUGCUAAUGAUAACAGUGCCCUGUCAGAGGCUGCAAAUGGUGGCUGUGCUGAUACACUUCAUCUACUUCUCGAGCAUGGAGCCAACCCCAACACACAGGGCCAGUUUGGGCGCACUCCACUCUACCGGGCAGCAUUCGCAGGUCACCUGGAGGCAUGUCAGGUGUUGAUGCAGCAUGGAGCUGAUCCUCGGAUAUUUGCUGCUGAUGGUCAAACAUCAGAACAGGUUGCAUCAGUGGAGGCUGUGUGUCAGUUCUUGGCACAGUGGGACAUUGGUCAGACAGAGGUGUUGCUGCAGAAGCUUGAAGCAGACAAGGAACGGUGGUUGGAGGAAGAGAGGAGGGGACUGGAGGCUGUACAAAACAAAUUGGAGGAACAAGUAAAGAUUGCUCAAAAAGAAUUUGUCUCAAAGCAAAAGCAGCUCAACCAGGCAUAUUGCGAACUGGAGAAGAGAAUCACAGAGCAUGAUACAGCAGCUGCUUCAGGCUUUGAGAGAACUGACAUCACACUGAAUACAGUCCAUGAUGCUGAGUUGGAGCUGGAAGUCAUAAAGAUUGAUUUUGAGAAAGCUCAGGACAAACUUGCCUUUGCAAAAAUGAAACUUCGGGAACAGCAAAUGACGCUGCCAGGUGUGACUGGAGGACACGCUGAUCUUCCCGGAGUGAAGGUGAUGGUUCGAGAGCUUGAUGAAAUUCUUUUAAGAGAUGUUGGCAACAAGAUCAAAGACUCUGGCAAAUGGCCUCUCAUAAUUGAUACCAGUGGCCAGGCUGCAGUUUUCCUGCGUUACCGAGACACAAACAAUAUGAAUGCUCUACGUCCUGCUGAUAUGGAGCCUGACCGCAUCAGAAUGGCCCUGCUUGGUGCUAUCAGGUUUGGGAAACCAGUUGUACUGGACAUGAUGGAAGUGGACAUGUUUGAGACAUUUUCUGACCGAAUGGAUCUCAUUCAGAAGGGACUAAUGGCUUCUGUCAUGAACAAAACCAUACUGCAAAAUCACAGGUAUUUCAGUUUGCUGAAGGACAGUGAUGGAGAGGAAUAUAGCAGGACCAGAUUCAAUGACCUCUAUACACAGAACUUCCGCUUCUUUAUUGUCACCAAGAAUCCCUACCCUCCAGAAUCUCUGAUGGAGAUGACCUAUCCAAUAAGGGUCUUUAUCCCCACAUGAUUCAGAACUAAUCCUGUUACAAAACACAGAUAACUAGACAAGUUGUAAUACUGACUGACUGAGUUUGAUUUUAUGCCGCUUUAAGCAAUAUUCCAGCCACAUCACGGUGGGGGACACCAGAAAUGGGCUUCACACAAUGUACCCAUGUGGGGAUUCGAACCCGGGUCUUCGGCGUGACGAGCCAACGCUUUAACCACUAGGCUACCCCACCGCCCACAAGUUGUAAUAGAAGCACCUGACCUGGACAAAUGUUGUAAAUGACUUAUUACUCACUUAAGGUGAGCACAUUACCUUAAUUUUAGUUGAAGACUACGUAUCUUCUGCCUCUAUUACAUCAUUGCUGUAAAUCCUGUAGUUUGGCUGCUAUCGCAACUAUUGAAAGUUUGGUUUUAUGCCAGCUGUA